UUUGCACCUUCAAAAGUACAAGUAAGUUUAUUUAUUUUUUCGAGUCGGGUUUGUUUUCUUAUAAAUUUCGUCGACCAUGAAAAGACAGGUUAAAUGUGGGUCAGAAACGCUUGAUAAGGUCGCGCAAUAUCCCUAUGAAAUUUUCAAUUCCAUAUCGCUGUUUAGUUCACAAUUAAUUUAUUUCCCCAAAUAUUGGGCGUGAAGCGUGAAAUGAUUGGUGUACCUACGCAAAAAUUGUAUGUAAUUAAAAGCAUCUUAUUAGGUUUCUACAGGUAUUAAAUUAAUUGUAAUUAGAUAUUUCAACCACAAACAUAAUUAAUUAGCGUAAUCGUUCAUCGGAAUGGUAAUAAUUAAUGAGCAACCCAGCGAUUGAAGGUAACUAAUCACAGGUAGCGUGAAAAACCCUCCGAAAAAAUGGGGGCGAUGUUCAGAAGCGAGGAAAUGGUCCUGGCCCAAUUGUUCGUCCAGCCAGAGGCCUCUUACUACGCCAUAUCGGAAUUGGGCGAAGCCGGUUGCGUGCAAUUUAGAGACCUCAACGAAUCGGUGAACGCCUUCCAAAGGAAAUUCGUCAACGAGGUGCGAAGAUGCGACGAAAUGGAGCGGAAGCUGCGCUACAUCGAGGCGGAGGUGCGCAAAGACGACGUCGCCAUUCCGGACGUCAGCGAGCUGCCCAAGGCGCCCAAUCCGCGCGAAAUCAUCGAUUUAGAGGCGCACCUGGAGAAAACCGAAGGCGACAUCAAGGAGCUGUCGGAGAGCGCGGUGAACCUCAAGUCCAACUACCUGGAGCUCACCGAGCUGCGGCACGUGCUGGAGAAGACGCAGGCCUUCUUCAACGAGCAGGACGAGGCGAACGGCAUGUCCGAGCACAAGACGCUCAUUCCCGCCGAGGAGCACAACGCCUCCAUCAGGGGCCGGCUCGGCUUCGUCGCCGGCGUCAUCAACAGGGAGCGCGUGCCGGCCUUCGAGCGCAUGCUGUGGCGCAUCUCCAGAGGCAACGUCUUCCUCAGGCAGGCGGAGAUCGAGAAACCCAUGGAGGAUCCCGCCACUGGAAUUGAGUACCACAAGACGGUGUUCGCGGCGUUCUUUCAAGGCGAGCAGCUGAAGACCAGGAUAAAGAAAGUGUGCGCGGGAUUCCACGCUUCGUUGUAUCCGUGCCCGAGUACUCUGAGCGAACGGAACGACAUGCUGAGAGGCGUACGCACGAGACUCGAGGAUCUUAAUCUGGUUUUGAAUCAAACUCGAGACCACCGGCAAAGAGUGCUGGUCAGCGUGGCCAAAGAAUUGCAGAAUUGGAGCAUCAUGGUGAGCAAGAUGAAGGCGAUUUACCACACGUUGAACUUCUUCAACAUGGACGUGACCAAGAAGUGCUUGAUCGGCGAGUGCUGGGUGCCCAGCAACGAUAUACCUGCCGUACAAAAGGCUCUGGCGGACGGUUCGAGCGCUUGCGGCAGUUCCAUUCCGUCGUUCCUCAACGUCAUCAACACUAACGAAGACCCGCCGACUUUCAACAGAACCAACAAGUUCACCAGAGGUUUCCAAAACUUGAUCGAUUCCUACGGAGUAGCUUCCUACAGAGAAGCCAACCCUGCCCUGUACACGAUCAUCACGUUCCCGUUCUUGUUCGCCGUGAUGUUCGGCGACUGCGGUCACGCCGUCAUCAUGUUCCUCUUCGGCUUGUGGCUGGUGCUGUCCGAGAAGAAGAUCGCCGCCCAGAAGAACAAGAGCGAAAUCUUCAACAUCUUCUUCUCCGGCCGGUACAUCAUCCUGUUGAUGGGCCUGUUCUCGUUCUACACGGGCCUCAUGUACAACGACGUGUUCUCCAAGUCGAUGAACAUAUUCGGCUCCAAGUGGUUCGUGAACAUGACGGAGAAGGAGCUGCACGAUCUGGAAGGCGACGUGGAGUUUUUGCCCAGGAAGAAUUUCGCCAACGUGCCGUAUUGGGUCGGAUUGGAUCCGGUGUGGCAGACUGCUAAGAACAAGAUUAUAUUUUUGAAUUCGCUGAAGAUGAAGAUGUCUAUUAUCCUAGGUGUUGCCCAUAUGAUUUUCGGUGUAGUUUGCAGUACAUUUAACUUCAUUCACUUCAAGAAAUACUACAGUCUCGUGUUGGAGUUUUUACCGCAAUUACUGCUGCUCAUAUUCCUGUUCUUGUACAUGGUGGUGAUGAUGUUCAUGAAGUGGAUCAUGUAUUCCGGCGAAUACGACGGUUAUGACGGACCGGCCGGGCCGAUCGAAGACGUCAACAAACACGGCUCCUACUGCGCCCCGUCGGUGCUGAUCUACUUCAUUAACAUGAUGCUGAUGAGCUCCAGCACCGCCAACAAGGGCUGCGACGUGUUCAUGUACCCGGGCCAGGACUUGGUGCAGAAGGUGUUCGUGUUCGGCGCCCUCAUUUGCAUCCCCGUCAUGCUGCUGGGGAAACCUCUGUACAUCAUGUACACGAGGAAGAACAAGAAGCACGAUGUGUACCAACCGGAGACUUUCAAGAAUAAAACCAACGGUGACGUGAACUUGGGUAUGGAAUUGGACGAUAUUUCCGAGGCGAAUCGCCAGGAAUUGGCCGAAGCCGCCGCUUCGGCUCAUCGCGAGAAAGAAGAAGAAGAGGAGCCGAUGAGCGAGAUUUUCAUACACGCCGCCAUCCACACCAUCGAAUACACGUUGAGUACCAUCUCCCACACGGCUUCCUAUUUGCGUUUGUGGGCCUUGUCUCUCGCUCACGCCCAAUUAUCGGAGGUGUUGUGGAGCAUGUUGUUCGCCAAAUUGGCCCUCAAGCACGAGGGCUACAUCGGCGUGGCGAUGAUUUUCCUCAUAUUCGCCGCUUGGGCGGCCUUCACCAUCGCCAUUCUGGUGCUCAUGGAGGGCCUGUCGGCCUUCUUGCACACGCUCCGUUUGCAUUGGGUCGAGUUCAUGAGCAAAUUCUACGCCGGCGUCGGCUACAUUUUCCAGCCGUUCAGCUUCAAGAGGAUACUCGAAGAGGAGGAAGAAGAAGCGUAAAUUGUUAUUCGUUCGCAUUUGAUAUUCGUUAGUCGUUCAAUAUAAU